AUGCGUCGUAGCUGUGUUCGUCUACAGUACGCCCGAUACGACGUCUCCAAUCGCACCUACCACCAGUGUAUUCACCGUCACAGCAAGGGGAUUACUACAUGCGUUUCUGCCCUCGUGCAGAAACCCUUUGUGAUCAGGAAUUUGCAACUUUUGCUUCAUAUCCUCGUUGAAUCCGGACAUUUGAAGACGGAGGACGACGGCUCAAAUCUCGAGCAGCAGCUCUACAAAGGCAAUGACACUCGUACGGUGGAGGUAGCAGAUGACGAGCAAUUCCCACCGGACGCAUUUUCGCUGGAGACUCGCCAACGAGGCGCAGUUCUUCUGCACGUAUGUGGCCUUGUGUACAUGUUCGUCUCUCUGGCCAUAGUAUGCGACGAGUUUUUCGUGCCAUCGCUAGCAGUGCUAACUGAAAAGUUAUCAAUAUCAGACGAUGUCGCCGGUGCUACUUUCAUGGCUGCUGGUGGAUCAGCUCCAGAAUUCUUUACUUCUGUUAUCGGAGUGUUCAUCGCUCAAAACAACGUAGGAAUCGGUACAAUCGUCGGAAGUGCGACUUUCAACAUCUUAUGCGUUUUGGCGUGUUGUACGUUGUUCUCGAAAACAGUCCUUCAGUUGACCUGGUGGCCGUUAUUCAGGGAUGUAUCCAUCUAUAUUUUGGCGUUGCUGAUGCUUGUGCUAUUUUUUAUGGAUGAAAAGAUCACUUGGCCUGAAGCCUUGUCUCUGUUCAUCGUCUACCUUGUAUACUGCACUGUGAUGAAGUUUAAUGUGGUACUAGAGGAAUGGGUAAAGACAAAAGUGUUGGGCGAAAAACUGGAGGAAGAGGACGAAUUGCCCGAGCAAACAACGUUCAGCACCCCGAUGACUGUUCGCAUCAACGGAAACAACAAUACAAGCAUCGAAUACAAGGAUUCCGAGGAGGUGCCAAAAACUGAGAGAAGCAUGUCGAUGACGCGCAGAACAUCGAUGGGUCGGCGACAAUCCAUACCGAUACUUCACUCGGGAACAAUGUUCCGCACAGGAAUUAUGCAGCUGAUGCAUCAAACCCUCGAUGACGUUCCUGAAGGAGGAAGCGAAGAAGAGGAGGAAUCGCCGAGGCGAUCACCCUCACCUCCGUCAGCUAUGCCUCAACCGAAAGUCGAGCUCACCGUACCGAUACGUCAGGACCGCAGAUCAUCUCAAAUUGAGGAAAUUAAAUCACUGCUAGAGGAAGAAGAAGAACAGCCGUUGAAUAUGGAGUGGCCCGACACUUUCACCAAAAGAGUCACCUACAUUUGUCUCGCUCCUGUACUGAUACCAAUGUGGGUGACUAUACCCGAUGUACGUCGACCGGCAAGCCGCAAAUGGUAUCCACUGACGUUCGUAAAUUCUAUCCUAUGGAUAGCGUUCUUCUCCUAUUUGAUGGUUUGGUGGGCGAACACAAUCGGAGAAACCCUCGUCAUACCAACGGAGGUCAUCGGACUGACAAUAUUAGCGGCAGGAACUAGUAUUCCGGAUCUCAUUACAAGCGUGAUUGUCGCCCGGAAAGGACUUGGAGACAUGGCAGUGUCAAGUUCGGUCGGAAGUAACAUCUUCGAUGUCUGUGUUGGACUACCUGUUCCAUGGCUGUUAUUCUUCAUAGUGCAGCUGUUCCAGAAUCCAGGAAACCCGGCGCAGUUCAUUUCUGUGAGCAGCAAAGGUCUGCUGUGCUCGGUAGGGAUGUUGUUUAUCAUGCUGGUGGUACUCGUAUUUUCCACGUUCAUUUCACGAUGGCGAAUGAACAAGGCUUUCGGCGUCAUAAUGAUCGUUUCCUACAUCGCGUUCUGCCUAUUCUCCGUUGCUCUUGAAACCGAUCGUCUCAAGUGUCCACUUAACCUCUGCUGA